UACCUAAAUGACUUAGAUUCUCUCUCUGUGUGUGUUUAGAAUCUAUCCAGGUGAAUAUUGCGAAGGAAGGAGGUGUAGAAGCUUUGCUUAUGCAUCUUCAGUCAUCUCAAAAUUCAAAAAUUCAAAAAGCCGCUUCUUGUGCAAUUGCUAAUUUGGCCAUGGAUGAGAAGAAUCAAGAUCUAAUAAUGAAUAAAGGUGGUGCUAAACUGCUAGCAAAGAUGGUGACCAAAACAGAUGAUCCACAGAUUCUGAGAAUGGUAGCUGGUGCACUUGCCAAUUUAUGCGGAAACGAUAGGCUUCUUGAGCAGCUGAAAGAAGAGGGAUGCAUCAAGGCGCUACUCACAAUGGCGCAAUCCGGAAACUUAAGUAUCAUUGCUCAAGUGGCAAGAGGGAUGGCAAAUUUUGCAAAUUGUGAAAUCCACGAAAUUAAUCAAGGGCGUAGAAAAGGUCGUUCUCGUCUUAUGGAAGAGGGUAUUCUUGAAUGGUUGACUUCAAACUCGCAUAUUGAUUCAGCAUCAAUACAAAAUAACAUUGACCUUGCACUUUGCCGCUUAGCUCAAAAUGAGGAAAACGACAACGAUUUCAUAAGUACGGGAAGCAUGGCAGAGAUCGUAAGAAUAUCAGUAGAGUCGAGCAGAGAUGACUUGCGCAGCAUAACAAGGUUGAUACUCGAAUCAAGCCCUUACCGUAAUCAAGGAGAGAAGCUAAGAUUGUCACAAAAUACCUCUGACAGGAGAUUAUGUGUUGUGGCCUUUUAUUUGAUUCUAUUUUCUUUCUCCUUGCUAACUAUUAUGAACGGUUUUCUUGACGUUUCGAUAUCUUGAUCAUUUGUCCAACAUGUCUGUAGUGAAUACUCCUUUUGGCUCGCCAGUUCUGUGUAUGAUUGAUGCUGAGACUUGAGACAUUACAUUAU